AGGUUUAGAUGAAAGUUAAGAAAUUCUGCUCUCUGUAGCAUCAAAAAUGGACACGAAUCCUUCUGAAUACUUUAUUCAAGUUCAUUCUCUAGACGACAAUAAUGAAGGUAAAGAACAAAAACUUUCUUGAAAGCAAUCCAAAUAAAUAGCAAACUUUUUAGUCACUGAACAAUCUGGUACAUCUGCAAAUAUCAUAUCCGGAGUUUUCGAUCAAUAUAAUACUAUAGAAGCCGAAGAGAUAGAACAAGAAUAUUCGGAGAAAUCUUGUGAGGUAGUUGCAGCAACUUUCCUACAUUAAUAUCACAGAGCAGGGAAUAAAAGUCAUAAACCUUUCAGCCGGCAGAAAAUGCAUUUGCUGUUGACGCUGAUACCGUAGUUGUAAUAAACGGUGUUCAAUGUGUUUUGAGACAAGAUCCAGAAUCAGGUCAACUUAUGGCUGUUCCUUGUGGAAAAGACGGGGAAGAGGAUGGAGACCAAGGAAACGAAAAAAUGGACGAUUGCGAGUUGGUGCAACAACGAGUCAUUCAAAGUGAUGAGAGUACUGCGGCCGAAGGUUUAUUAGGUCUUCAAAAUAUAGGUUAGUAAAUUAUUGAUCCGAUAGUCUUUUUACAACCCAAUGCACUUGAUUUUAGGAAACGAUGGAGUUAAACGUAGUUGUCGUCUCAAGAGAAAAUCUAAGAAAUUUUGGUUAGUUCAAAAUUCUGAAAAAACUGACAAAAGAGAAGAAGUAGAUGAUGUUCAGGAAGAUUUCCCAACUGACGUCAAAAUAGAAGUCAUAGAUGAAUCCUUAGGGCCUGACCUAACUGAGCCUGAGAUUACCCGUGUCAAGACGACGAGUAGUGAUCUUCGAAAACCUAAACUUACCCCAUUAGCUGUUCAAAAUUAUCUUGCCGGUCUUGGUAUUCCAGUUAAACGAGGAAGAGGCCGACCGAGAAAAAGUAUGCCAAGUGAGAACAUAUUACCACCUAUGAUCACCACCGAAGAUGGUAAAACGUUUCUAAUAGCUCCCAAUCAGAAUGCUAGCGAAACAACUAACGCUGCCGAAGUUGUGUCUGAAAAAGAUUCUGUUAAAAUAAACUACAAUGGUGUAGAAAUAGAAGCUGAGCCUUUGAACAAAAGUUCUACGGAUGAUGAGAAAUUCGAUAAACAACCGCUCAUUGGUCUUAAAACUGAUGCAUCGCAACUUACUAAAUUAAAAUGCCCCAAAUGCGACUUCCAAGCUUUCUACACUCAACACUAUCAGCAGCAUAUCAUGACUCAUGAAGCAGAUACAUUUAAAUGUAAAUGUUGUGCAUUUCUUUGCUUUGAUAAAGACGAACUAGAUAACCAUUUCAAGGAAACUCACCCUAAAAACUACUGUACAGUUUGUGGUUUGCAAGUUGAGUUUGCUUAUAUUAUGAAACGUCAUAUGCAGCGUCACGAUCCAAAUGGAAUAGUAUGUGAAAUCUGCAAGAAAAGUUAUAAAGAUCAGUAUAUAUUAAAAAUGCAUAUUAAAAUGGUUCACGAAGCACCGGAAGAGCACUAUUCCUGUUCGACUUGUGAUAGAAAGUUUACAAGGAAAGCGCAUUUGAAAAGGCAUGAAAGAACUCACGCUGCAGUAAAACGCUACAAAUGUAGUCAUUGUGAUUAUCGUGGGAGUGAGCGAUCGGAUAUUAGUAAACACGCUGUGGUGCAUCAGGAGCCUAAGUAUAAAUGCCAAAGUUGCGGGAAAUUAUUUCGACAUAUGAAAAACAAAGAAUUGCACGAAAAAAGGCAUAGAGGUCAACGGGAUUACAAAUGUGGAAUGUGUGACUUUUUUGGUUAUACUUUUACCGAUAUACGAAAACAUAUUGAACGUAAACACGCUGACAAAACUUUUAUCUGUAACAAGUGUGCUAGAUCUUUCCGGUCCCAGUUUGCUUUACAACAUCACUUAGAGAGGGGAUGCGAAGAACAAGGCUUAUCAUUAGGCGCGGUUGCACCUGAUGAAAUAACACCCACAAGAAUAAUUGAUGGAGAGCAAGAGAUCACAGAUGGAAGUGAUAAUCCAAAUAAUACAUUAGAUGUUUCUCAAUUUACGUCACUAGAAGAAACUCAUGCCGCAGCAGAGAUGGCUUCCGAUUUAGUAAUGGCAACAUGA